AUGGAGACGGGUGAUGAAGAGGAUGAGUGGCGGAGGGAGGAAGACUCCAGGCCUGGUCCAUACCCUCGGGACAGCUACCCAGUUCCAGUCAGUCCCUCUGCUCCGUGGCUCAUCAGUAACUCCAGGAAGAGAACUCUACAGGACAGGACCCAGUUCAGUGAUGUGGACCUGAGCCAGUUGAAGCGGUACUGGGACCGAGGGAUGACCAGUCUGGGUUCUGUCUGCAGAGAGAAGAUCAACGCAGCAGCCAAUCAGCUCAACGUAGACACUGAGAUAGUCAAGGUAGCAACCAAUCAGAGACGGGAUCGGAACCGGAGGAGGAUACGUCUGAUGGGCAUUGAGAUCCCGUCCCCAAAGGUGGGCCGUGUCCUGACAUCACAGGAAGGGGAGGAGUCUCCCUCUGGCUGA